GCUGCGGGGAUGGAGCCGGAGGUGGUGGGGUUUACGGUUCCCACCGAAAGCAGCAAAACGGUCUUUGUGUGGAAUAUAGGGGCACAGCUGGCGGAGGGUGACAUAUACUGUUCUCUUCUAAACGUGUUUUCCCAAUUUGGUCCUCUGUAUUCCCUUAAACUUCUGCCAAAUGCCGGGGUUAGUGAACCUGGUUACUACGCAGUGAUUAAAUACUAUUCGUCUCGCAGUGCCAGCACGGCCCAAGAACGAUGUGAUCGUAAGCCCCUCUUUCAAGGCGCUCCUCUCAAGGUGCGAGUCUGCAACAAACAGAAAGUAUUUCAGUACAAAUCCCUGGCACUGAAUAGCAGCAAGUGCCAAGAUCUGGCCAACUUUUACCUGGGGUUCAAUGGCUGGUCCAAGAGAAUAAUUGCACUCCAGAAUAUCUCUGGCCUUUACGAACUAGAGGAUGAGUGUGAUACGCAGGAGCAGAGGAAGGUGAGGUACAUGUGUGUUUUGGAAGUGAUGCUGUCUGGGUAUGAUGUCUGCAGCAGAGGAGUGGGGGUUGCUGAAGAAGAAGUGGAGAAAUCAAACGAUCCAAUGGAAUUUCUCAUGAAAAGUGGUAAACUGCAGAAAUAUGCUGUUCAAAAAGCGUUGACCGAUGCAUUUCAUAAAAUCCUCUUAGUGAUUUUUGAGAGUGGAAAAGUGGCUGUGGAACACGUGGCUUCCAGCAAUGAUCCUGUAGACUGUUUGACAGAAGAUGAGCUCCAGGGACUGAUCCAGAUAAACGACUUCACAUGGACGCAAAUAAAUCAAGACGGGGAGGAGGAAAGCUUGUCCGAACUCACUUUUUAUGAUGAGACUAUGGCAAAUGACAUGUGACGUCUGAGACGUGUUUUGUAAAAUAUUGAUCUACUGUUUUCGUUCUCUAAAUAAAUAAGUUAUACAAUGUAUCUUAAAAUUUUUUUAUA